AUGCAUUUUUCUCAUCAGUGUAUCAGCUGCUCUCUUAAUGCCCGAUCAUGUACAUUUAUUGCAAACAAUAUCACUAGUCCACAUGUGACAGUGUCUUUAAACAUCUGCUUGACUCCUGAUCAUCCCGGAGGGGUAACAGUUAACGUUACAUUUAACAACAGUCUUUGCAGAGAAGGAGAUAGUUCAUGUCGGUCACGACCAAUGUACAUUCCAGUUGUGAAUAAAACAAAAAUUGUGAAAGUGAAAACUGAUGGAAUUGUAGUGCGAAAUUUAUCCAACAUGUAUUGCAAUGUUAACAAAAGCUUAACAAACAUACAACUAUGCAUUGACUCGGAGGAAAUAUAUGGAUGUUUCGGGGCCUUUGAAAGUCCAUAUUUCGAGUUUCUGAUGAUGGAAAUGCAAUAG